AUGAAGAGGAACGUUCUCGCUCAAGUUGCCCAUGUAACCAAUGACGGGCAACUCGAGUCGUUCAGUUGGAACUAUACAUCGUGUAUACCCUCUGAGAUCCCCGAAAUUCUGAGUCUCAAGUACCCCUUCAUCCAGAGUCUGAGCCUCGUUACAGACCCUUUCUCUAGCAGAUUCAACCGCUGGAGUCAAACAUCUGACCUAGAUCUCUCGGCGUUUCGUAGCCUUCGACGACUUAUCUGGAAAGCACCUAUGGGCUGUCAUUUCGACAACAUUGCUAUUCUAGUCAAGACUAAUGCGAGGCAGCUGGGGGAGCUGGAAUUGAAGCUGCAGGGCUGGUCCCCAGACCGAGAGAGCCUUGAGUCCACGACUAUUCAUCACGAGGGCAACCCUGAAGUAUGGAAUGACAUACCAGCGAGCACUGUGCUUGCUAGGCAGGAGUUUGGUCUCGAAGGCAUCGCCCAGGAAGUACCUGAGCGAACACAGUUCCUCGUUAACUCUAGUGGUCUGAGGCUUCUGUUCCUGAUUUUUGAGUUGCUGCCUAAAAUCAAGAUACACAACCCUAUCGGUUACCUCAUGGCGAGGCGCAAACCUGAAUCGGAGGAUGAUGAGGGCUUUUUGAGAGCUGAGAAGAAGAGGAAGACCAAGGAAGAAUCCGUAUCAGGACCCAGCACCUUGGCUCCCAAGUUCACAAACAUUGACUACGUGGUUGGUUGGAUUUGUGCCAUAACCACUGAGUAUGUCGCUGCGCAGGCAUUCCUUGAUGAGAAGCAUGAGGGACCUGAUUACGUUUCUCCUAAUGACGACAACAUCUACACCCUAGGAAAGAUUGGGAAGCAUAAUACUGUUAUUGCUGUUUUACCAGAUGGAGAAUAUGGCACAAAUUCGGCAGCCAGAGUUGGCAGCGAUUUGCAACAUACGUUCCCUAAUGUCCGCAUUGGCCUCUUAGUUGGAAUUGGUGGCGGUGCGCCAACAAAACAUGAUGUUCGCCUCGGCGACAUCGUGGUCAGCGCCCCUCGCCAAGGGCACGGCGGAAUCUUUCAAUAUGAUUUUGGUAAGACAGUCCAGAAUCAGUCCUUCCAUACAACUGGCUUCUUGAACCAACCGCCUGUGCUUUUACGAGCGGCUAUGAACGAUCUCAAGGCGAAGUAUGAGGUCGACGGUCACGACAUCGAGGGAGCAGUCCAGGCCCUUCUUGAUAAAAGACCAAGGCUCAAGAAGAGAUAUGAGAAACCUGAUCCAAGUAGCGAUAGACUGUUUUGCUCUACAGUUAUUCAUCCGCCAGAUCAUGAAGCAAGCUGCGUUGAGGUUUGCAGCGAUGAUCCGAAAGACUUAGUGAAACGACCUGCCCGGUCAGAAGAUGACAUGCUUCAGGUUCACUACGGGUUGAUUGCUUCAUCCAACCAGCUUCUCAAAGACUCUUUGGUCCGAGAUAAACUUGCUAGGGAGAAGAAUAUCUUGUGUUUUGAAAUGGAAGCUGCUGGGCUAGUAAAUCAUUUCCCGUGUCUUGUUAUUCGCGGGAUAUGCGAUUAUGCAGAUUCGCAUAAGAAUAAAGACUGGCAGGGCUAUGCAGCUAUGGUAGCAGCUGUAUAUGCGAAGGAUCUAUUGUCCAGAAUCCCGCCGAGCAAAGUCGAGUCCCAGAAGAAGAUUGUUGAUAUCAUGCAAGAUGUCAAAGAUAAGGUCCAGCAAGUAUCAAAAGCUCUGGAUAAAGUCUUGCAUAAGAAACACGACGAGGAUGACAGUGAGAUCUUGAAAUGGAUCUCGCCUGUUGACUACGCCCCCCAGCAACAUGACUUUCUCAAACGUCGACAGCCAGGGACUGGCCAAUGGCUCCUGGAAUGUGACGAGUUUCAAGAGUGGCUCAAGAGCAGCAAAAGAGGACUGUUUUGCCCAGGUAUUCCAGGAUCCGGGAAGACGAUCUUAACAGCCAUCAUUAUAGAUCAUCUCUGCACAAAGUUCCAAGACGAAAGCGACAUCGGUAUUGCUUUUAUCUUUUGUAACUUUCGAAGACAUCAUGAGCAGAGGCUAGAAGACCUACUAGCUGCUUUGCUGAAACAAUUGACACAGCAACAACUCUCCGUACCAAGUAGUGUACGUGAGCUUUACAGCGGCUGGAAAAACAAAGGAGUACGCCCCUCCACCGAAAAGCUAUCUAUGGCGCUACAGUCUGUGGCCGCUCUCUUCAGCCGUAUUUUCGUUAUUCUUGAUGCUCUUGAUGAAUGUCAAAUCGCCAAUGGUUGUCGUAAGACUUUCCUCGAUGAGAUGCUCAGCCUACAGGCCCGUUGUGGCAUAAACCUUCUUGUCACGUCCCGCUUUAUACCCGAGAUCGCCGAAUCGUUAAGGUCUCAGACAUCUCUAGAGAUCCGUCCGAGUGAUGAGGAUGUGCGGAGAUAUCUUGAUGGACGUAUGUCACAAUUACCGGGGCUUGUACGUCACGAUCCGGCUUUCCAGGAGGAGGUCAAGGCUGGGGUGAUCAAGGCUGUUGAUGGAAUGUUUUUGCUGGCGCAUCUUUACAUGGACUCUUUGGACGACAAAAUGACAAAAAAGGCCGUCGAGAAAGCUAUAAGUCAACUGCAGAAACGGAAUCCAGGACCGAGUGAAGAAAAGAAGAUGAAUGUACUUUCAGAAGCUUACGGCCAAGCGAUGGACAGGAUCAGGGGUCAGAAAGCAGGUAUUCGACAGCUUGCGGAGCGUACCCUUUUGUGGAUCACAUGCGCCAAAAGACCACUGACUAUAUCGGAACUCCAACACGCACUUGCUGUUGAGCUGGAAACUCGUAAUAUCGAUGACAAGAACUUCUCUGCAGCAGAAGAUAUGGUCUGUGCUUGCGCCGGUUUGGUUACGAUCGAUGAAGAAAGCAAAAUCAUUCGCUUGGUGCACUAUACUAUGCAGGACUACUUUACAGAGAACCAAGACCAGAUAUUCUCAGACGCCGAGAAAACCGUCACGUCUAUUUGCGUCACAUACCUCUCAUUUGAUGCCUUCCACUCCGGUCCAUGUCUAGGGAACUAUGAUUUGGAGCAGCGACUACAGCAAUAUCCUUUCUAUGAUUACGCGGCGAAGAAUUGGGGACAUCAUGCUCGCGUCUCAUCUUCACAGCCGCGAAGGUUGCUUCUCGGUUUUCUAGACAAUGAAGGUAAUCUGAUGGCUUCCGACCAAGCGCGACAGGCAUCGAAGUUGACUGGGGGUGGUGUUGAAUACACGAAAAUGACAGCGUUGCAUAUUGUCGCGUUUUUUGGACUAAGCGAUCUCAUCAUCUCUGUCGGUGAACGAUAUGACCUAUCCGUGAAGAACUCGGGCGGCCAAACAUCACUAUCUCUAGCGGCGGAGAAUGGCCACAGCUCUGUAGUCAAGUGGCUAAUAGAGCAGGAAGGCGUUGAUUUGAAUACCAGGGCGUUUCGAUAUCUGUGGACUCCACUAUCGCUAGCAGCAUGCAAUGGCCAUCAUACUGUAUGUAGGCUUCUACUGGCCCAUGAAGGGGUAGAGCCAGAUCCAAAAGACUCAGGUGGCAGAACACCGCUGUCUUGGGCUGCAGGAAACGGACAUACGGAUGUGGUUGAACUAUUUCUGGCAAACCGCCGGGUAGCAGCAGAUUCAAAAGCAACAUGGUUCUACAAAGGCAGAACCCCAAUCAUGUGGGCCGCUGCCAAUACGCAUUCGGCUGUGGUGAGCUUACUCUUGGGUACUGGGAUAGUUGACUACAAUUCUACCGACGAUGACGGCCGGACAUUACUUUCGUACAUGGCCCAACACGGAAGUACAGAAUUAGUCAAGAGGAUUCUCACUAGAGAAGGUAUCAACGCCGACUGGAGGGAUCAGAUCGGCCGAACCGCUUUAUCUUGGGCAGCGCAGAACGGCCAAGCAGCAGUUAUCCAGCAGCUUCUCGCUAGGGAUGACGUUGAUCCAAACUCCAAGGACAAUAACGAUCGAACAGCACUGUCGUGGGCAGCUCAAUACGGACACGAGGCAGUAGUGAAAAUGCUUCUUUCGACCAGCAAUACCGAUCCAAAUGUCAAAGAUAACAAUGGACUGACACCACUGUCUUGGGCUGUUCGAUGCGGCCACGAGGCGAUGGUGAAGUUUCUUCUUGACACGGACGGUGUAGAUCGAAGUAUUAAAUACAAGGAUGCGCAAAAUCGUCCAGUUCUACCUCUUGACAACAGGCGGAACGAAAAUAUGCAGAGCCGUGCAGUGAUAUCCCUUGACAAGAGACGGAACGAAGUCAUAAAGGAGCCUUACAGGCAUGGUUUCCCCGAGGAAGAGUAUUUUGACAGAGAGGCGUCGCCCGAUGUCGUAGUACCCCUACAGUGGAGAAUCCUGACAAUCGAGUAUUCACUGGGCAUGUUCAAUAUCAACCAGACAAUAGGCGUGGGAAGCUACUCUCGUGUCUAUUUGGCCCGGUUAAAGAUCAACAACCGAGCCUACUUUGCCAUCAAAGUUUUGAAAAAGUCACAUGUUGUGAAAACGAGGCAAACAAGACACACUCUAGAUCAAAGAACUAUUCUCUUCGAUAUCGAUCACCAUUUCUUCGUCAGGUUAUAUGGAACGUUUCAAGACGCGAGAAAUCUCUAUAUGGUCAUGGAGCUUGGAGAGGGUGGCGAGCUUUUAUCGUUACUACGCCAGGUCAAGCUGGUUCUAGCAGUGGACUAUCUACAUUCCAAAGACAUAUUACAUCGAGAUCUGAAACCAGAGAAUAUUCUGAUUGAUCGACUUGGCUAUAUCAAGAUUGCCGAUUUCGGUUUCGCCAAACAUGUUCCAGCUCCAGAAGUCAUAUUGGGCCAGGGCUACGGCAAGUCUGUUGACUGGUGGUGCCUUGGAAUUUUGACAUAUGAGAUGCUCUGUGGCUAUACUCCCUUUGCGGACGAAUCACCGCUCUUGACAUAUGAGAAUAUCCUCAAGGGGGAGGUCAAGUACCCUAGCCAUGUCAAGAAUUCAGCGGCCCAAAACCUGUUGACAGGUUUAAUCACGAACGACCUGGAACGAAGGUUGGGUACUGAACGGAAUGCUAUAUCAAACCAACAUGGGAAUCCUUGGGACAUAAAAAAGCAUCCGUGGUUUGGGGGAAUUGAUUGGAACAUGGUAGAGAACAGAGGAAUAACUCCACCUUGGAGACCAUCGACCUGGCCAGACAAAUGCUACGAAGAAUACAUAAAGCAGUUUGCUUGUUAUCCUGAGCAUAAUGAAGUAUUUGCUUCAGAAGGAGACUUCAG